CCGGUGUCGCCUUUGUGUCCGCCAGCAGCGGGCGGAGUGAGGCUGGUGUCGCGCCUUCUCCCUUCCUUUCUGCCGCCUCCACUCACCCGCGCCCGCCCUCUGAGUGCGCCGCAGGCAAGAAGAGGCCCGAGCAGCUGCGGAGGCGGUAAGGAAGACCAGUCCGCUGUCAACGGCUCUUCUCCGAGAGCUUCCCCGAGGGCGAGACCCGGGGAUAGAAUGAUGUACCCUCUUAGAUCAGAGCUGUCAAUCACCCCUCCAUGUUGCAAGCUGUAAAGGGACAGUUGGCAUUAACCAUGACUCUUCUUGCUACUGCUCUGUGGUAUUGCAGACAACUCUAUACAUAUAUUGCUCAUUUGCUAAAAUGGUGGAGCAGAUACCUGCAGAGAAAAUUCACAAAUAACCAAGGUGUUUCGGCUGAAGCUGAUUUGCUUGGCUACUGUGCAAAAGAAUGGAAAGAGGAAACAGAGCAGGCAAAACACAUGAGAAAGGCUUAUGAAGAGUUGUUUUGGAGACACCAUGUGAAAUAUGUACGGCAGGUCAGGGGAGAUAACUACUGUGUGCUGAGAGCUGUGUUGUUCCAGAUUUUCAGCCAAGGCAUUCCUCUUCCAUCGUGGACAAAGGCAACAGAUGUCCUAAAGCUCCCCGAGAAACUUCUUUAUUCUCAAGGCUGCAACUGGAUCCAGCAAUAUAGUUUUGGAUCAGAACAGUACACGGGCUCCAAUACACUGGGAAAAUUGCGUAGAUGCAUUGAAACGUUGAGAAGUCAGUGGAUGGAAGUCAGUAGUAUUAAAGACCCAUAUGAAAGAGGGAACUUGUGCAACGCCCUUUUUGCUGACGAAAGUUUGGAGCACAAACUGUACGAGGCCAUAAAAUUCAUCAUGCUCUACCAAGUAAUAGAAGCCUACGAAUGCUUGAACAACAAGCAAGAGUGCAUCCCAAGUUUUUUUAACCAGCUUUUUGUACGCGAUACCUCCUUGGACCCUUUGAGCUACAUGAUGAAUCAUCUGAACGCCAUAGGGGAGAGAAGAGGCCUCGAUCAGGUCGAACUGUUUCUCCUUGGGCAUUCUCUUGAUGUCAAGAUAACCGUUUACAGGUUGUGCAAGUUUAAUUCAGCCGUUUCCCAAGAAAGCUACACAGACGUGUAUCAGAGGGACUGGCCAGAAGUCUUUCUUCUGACUGAAGAUGACCGUCACUAUCACAUCCCUAUUAUCAGGAUGUAAAUCUAAUUUCUGGGGAUGCUGUCAGAACUGCCUGCCAUCGGAUCCCCCUGUUGAAGAACCAUAAAAUAUCCAAACUUUUUUUUUAAGAGUGACUCUAAUGCCAGGCUUAAAACUAUGAUCCAGGCCGUUUCUCAGCUUAAGCUGCCUCACAAGUUGUGAGGGUAACAUGUUUUAAGCCCAUAUAUUCCAUUCUCAAUGUCCCACCAGCAGCAUAUGCCUACUGAUAAACAUCUUUGGUAAUGGCACAAAUUGGAUGUGAGGGUCAGUUCACACAAUAUUGGUUUUGUGUGCUUUUUAAGAUCAGAUCACAUUGGGUGUAUCACAUAGACUUGUAAACUAAUAGCCAUUCCUUUUUCCCAGGGAACUCGCUCUGUGAAGGAAGUGGGAAUUUGACACAUGAUUCUCAACAAUAUCACCCACUUAAAAUUUGCAGGGAAAUCAUAUAGUGGCAUUGGUAUAAAGCCGGUAUUAAGUUGGUAAUGUAAAUGGGCGCUGUGAGGCUGUGAUCUAUGGACAGCUCAGUUUUACUUAUAUCAGUCAGUAUUGAUUGAUAACUAUACAGUCUCCAGUGUGGCCAAUCUUGCUUAUUUAACAGAAAUAAGGCCGUGCAUUGGGAUUGCUGAAAGCAAUAGUAUAUCAAGUCCUUCACAAACAUCACAGUAUUCUUUAAAGCCACUUACUUGCUUUGCAGUUAAAGGACCUUGUUAUACAUCCCAUUGUAAAAAAAUAAAGGGGGGGCGGUUACCAUUGACUAUACUUUGAAUCUUGUCUCCUUAGCAACCGAAGUUGUUUGCACAUGUAUUUUCCACAUUUGCACAGUUCAUUCUGUGCGAAAUAGUCCACAGGCAACAAUUAAUAUGGCAGACAGAUGUUGGGUUGCCAUCUGACAAUAAAGAUGCUGGGAAGAGCUAUUUGUGUUAACUCUGUUCAAGCACAUCACUUCCACUGCCUAUAACUGACCCAGAAUGCCAUGGGAUUUGAUAGGUCAUUACUGCCAGGAUGGUUAUGUUGUAUUAGUUUUGAAUAGGAUGCCUUAGAAUAUCCUAUGGUAGAAUUCAGAGCAUUGCAUUCGGCCGUCAUCAGAGCUGUGUAUACGUUCCACAUUCUGUGCCAAGAAAAGGAAAAGCCUGCCACCUAAGUAAAUUUGCAUAGUUCUGUGAUUUGCACUGUGCUGCAUGCUUUUUUCUGGUUUUGCCUGCCAUUUAGAAAGCCAAAGAGUUGCGCAAGGCACUGCUGCCAUAUCGCUAGCCAAUGCAAAUCUUAUUAAACUGCCCCGGUGACUGUCGAAAUCUCACCUACAAACUUUCAAACAUGCAUUCACAGCCAUAAGGAUUAGUAACCUACUCUUUAUUAUUAUUACUUUGAAAAAGCUGAGAUUCUCAUACUGCUGAAUUAUCCAAUCAAUGCCCCUUUUUGCACUCCUUGCACUCAUAUGGAGUCGCAACAUAUGCAGAGCCUAGGCCGUAUUCUUUUUUAGAAAGGGUAAUUGCAACUAUUUCAAAGUAAUCACUGCAGUACCCUAUUCCCCUCAAAAUGUACUUGAACAUUUUCAACUUGCAUUUUUGGUGAAAAUGUUAAGCCUCUGGCUUUGUAAUACUGAAUAGAUUUCAUAUUGAUUCAUUUCUUUGAAGAAUGGUUUGUAAAUCACUUGUGAUCUUUACAUCAGUGUUGUUUAAUCUUCCUAAGAAUAGAUCAUAUUAAGCACUGUGUGCUUUUGGUAGCAGAGGCUAAAUUUAUUCCGUGUUGUAGAGCAAAUUUCUCUUUCCAGUUUGUGUAUAUAUGCGUUGCGCAAAACCGUCAUAUCAAAAUGAGUUGUCGAGUAUUGUAAGUAAGCUCCGGGAGUUGUGUUGAUUUGAUGUCUUCUGUGACUUUGCAAACUUCAAAACAAAUCUAGAACCCUCCACUUGCUUAAAUAAAUAUAUUUAUUACUACA